AUGUCAGACCUCAAUACUAAUCGGCAAUCGAGAAGGGCUCGUGUGAUGGCGUCAUUAUAUGAUUACUCAACUAGUAUCGCUGAAAGCAAGGCUGGAUCGAACCGAGGGUUAGCAGCAGGCACAGCAGCCUCUUUUCUUGCUUUGGGAUUAGAGCAGAUGGAAAAGAAGAAUAGAGAGAGUCUCGAACAAGAUUAUGAGUUUACGGAGGCGGAGGUAGAGGCCGUGCAAAAUAUGGCGCUGUCAGCUGAGGAAUACCAGAAAAGCAAGGAGAAGUUUCACUUCAUGGAUAGGUUCAUGGAAAAGAUGGUGCAACAUACUAUGAAUGAGGGAUCUGCGGAUGCAGAGGAGCUUUCCCAAAGGUUGCACGAUCCAUCUAGAAGCAAGAAAGCUCCUUUAUCGCUCAUAUUGUUGACAUCUAACAUGAAAAGAUUAAGUGCUAAGAUGGGUGUGGUCUUCAAAGUCCAGUACGGUUUAGUCCACAUACUCACGUGGAAGAGACCAACCAAGACAUUGUGUGUGUUGGUGUUCUACACAGCUGUCUGUUUGUGGCCUCAUUUGGUAGUUGCAUUGCCGUUAUUGGUACUUCUUUUCGGCAUUAUUCUUCCAGCAUACAUACAUAGACAUCCUAUGGAUACUCCCGAACUCAUCAAGGUGCCUAGAAGAGGCCAGUCUUUCUUAGACUUUCUCAAUGAGUCAAACGACAGAAGUGUGAUCAUGGACAUGAUUGAUGAGCCCAUGUCAGAGGAAGACUCAUUGUCUCAGACAUAUUCAACUUCUUCUGGGUCUUUUCAUGCUACAAAAAAGCCACAGUCUGCUUCCUCUAUUGCACUGCAAACUUUAGAUGUUGCAGAAGAGGUUCAGACGUCAGAGAAGGCCAAGAUUGUCAAGAAAAAUGUAUCUUUGCUCAUGAAUAUGCGUGAUUUGCAGAACCUAACAACCGACCUUCUCAACUCCAUUGAUCAAGGCGAAAAAAUGUCAACUGAUUUAGUUGGAUUUAAGGAUGAGCGUCUCACCACAUUCAUCUUCUACGUUCUUAUUGCAGUCACAUCGGUUGUACUAUUUUUUGGUAAGUACAUACCUUGGAGAAUGAUAUUUAUUCUGUCUGGAUGGGUGUUUAUGCUAUUAUGUCAUCCGAAGGCCAAGAAGUACCUUGUGACAUUGAGUAAUAACAACAAGAAAGGCAAGCCUGUGGCGGAAGUUACCGAAGAGGAUGCCGACAGUGAAGAGGAAGUGGGAGAUAAGAAACUCAAGUUGCCAUUCGAAUCAUUCGACAGACAUGAUAUUAUCGUUGAUGACAAGCCUGAGGUACGCGUAGUGGAAAUCUAUGAGCUACAGAAGAGAGAUCUCUUCAAACAUGAGUGGAAUUUGUACGCAUACACUAAACGUCUUUUCGAUUUCAAGGACACCGUUCGAGUUUCCGGAAAACUUCCGCACGGUGUGGACGCACUUACUAAAGUGCACCCACCUCCUGAGUGGAAAUAUGACUUUGGAUAUGCCAACAACUGGCGCAUUGAUCAGAAACCACUCGAAUUCUUGCUUGCACGCGGCAUUGAUCAGGAACACUUGAGUUGCCGGGAUGAUACAGAAGGGUGGAUUUACGAUGACUUGCCUGUUGAUCAGGACUCCACGGCCGAAUUCAGACGCCGCAGACUCUUUCGCGAAUGUUAUCGGUAUUCUAGACCACCACGGAAGGUAACGUUGUGA